AUGGCCGAAGACUACAACAAACAGAAGGUAUACUUGACUGAUAUAAGUAGAGAACCAAAUGCUGGAGGCAGGAAGCAGGCCAGGAUAGAGCUUCGAGCCCUCAAGGAUGCAUAUGCACUGAAGAUUGAAACAGACAUGAUGCCAAAAGAGGAAAACACGGUCCCAGACACGAAGCUGUUCAGAGUAACAGCCUAUUGUACUGCAGACGGAUACGACCUCAAGAAUCUGUACAAGUAUUUGAAGAGCAACUCUCUAUGCAACAAAGUCUCCAUGUACUUUGGGGAAUGUCUGUACACUCUGAUGAACUUCAAGGGCAGUGGAGAAAGACAUGACUGCUUCUUCUACGAGUACGGUGUUGUAGUGUGUUGGGGAAUGUCUGAGAUGCAGGAAUCGAUGAUAGUCAAGCUUGUUGAGAAGUAUGAGGAAAACGGACAUGAGCCGAGCGAGGUGGAGAUUGAGUCCUUCAAAUAUGGUAUAACGGAUAAUCCAUUUAUUAUCAACGAUGUAAUAUACUUGAACUCUGAAAAUCACUUUACAAAGAUGGUGAUUUCGAUUGCAAUAGCCAAGAGUGUGAAGCUGGACUACUUCGAGAAUCUUGUGGACAACACGAUCGAUGCAGUUAAGGAGUUCCCUGAAGAGGUCGAGAGGGAGGGAAAGGUCAGCAAAAGCAAGAAGGAGAUAUUGAAGAUGAUAGGUAAAUUGCAUAGACUAAGGUUCAAUCUAAAUCUUGGAUCCAAUAUUCUUGAUGAGCCUGAGUUUGUGUGGGACUACCCUGCAUUUUCGUCUCUCUAUGAAACAUGUAAGAGGUAUUUGGAUAUCAAGCCAAGGGCAGACCUGCUGAACAGGAGGUGUGACGUGAUUAACGGAAUACUAGAGAUCCUCAACGAAAACACAAAUAGGAGCAGUAUUGAAAAGUUCGAGGUUGUUCUGAUUAUUAUAAUAUUAAGUAAUGUUGUUUUGAUAAUAUCGCAAAUGAUAGAAAUGUACAUCAGGCUCUUGAAUAAGUCAUGA